UAGGAAGGUGUCUUGGAGGCGGGUGGGAGGUCGCAGCAUGACACAAACAUUUGGAGAUGUCCUGCAGCUCCUCUGCCUCGAGCAUUUCCGGGAUCUCCCUCCUCACCUCCCUCAGUUCCCAAAAGUAACAUUUCAGCUGCACAUAGCAAAUUAACCGCAGCUUUAAGAGGUGCAAAAGUCAAUCUGGGGUUUUCCUGGACUUUGUGCUGCUUUUGGAUUUGCUCUCAGCCUUUCACUGCCUCUCAUGUGCAUCAGGAAGGAUGUGAGGUCACAUUUUGCCCAGGCAGGAGCCAUCGCAGCUACAUUUCCCACAGCCCUUGGUGGGGGUGCCAGCAGCCCAGCUCUGUCCCAGGGACAUCACUGAUAAUGGGGCAGGCAUCAAGCAGCUGUGAAAGGGAGAUGGAGACGCUCGAGUUUCUGCUGUUCAAUACUGCUGAUCGGUUUGGGGAGGUCUUCAUGAAGGUGUCGGACCGCGAAUUGCAGCCUGGGGACAUCGUGCUCUUCCCCAUGGACAGCCGCUCUGGUGCCAGCAGCAGUUUCAAACACGCGGCUGUCUACUGCAAGGACGGAGAGGUCAUACACUUCCAGAAUACAGACAGUAAGAACGGCGAUGGUCGCAUCAGCAAGGAAGGUUUUGAAGCCAUGAAAGAGAAGAGGAGGAAAUGCUGGGUUUACCGGAAAAAAGACCAGAUUGACCUCAAGGACUUCAAUAACAAAGUCAGAGAGGCGAUGAACAGCAAAGCCAAGUAUAACCUCCGUAAGAACAACUGCAUCCACUUUGCCCUCCACCUUCUGGGCCUGGUGGACUUCUACAAAGAACUGGUCCAAAUGGAAAAUGCAGUUGCCUGUGCGGCUGUGAGUAUCCCCAGCAUCAGCCCUCCCCAGCAGGGCUGUGGGAUCCCUGGUAUGGUUGUGGGGUCCGCAAAAAGGGCUGGUGUCUCCCGCAGGGGUGGGGUCCCUAGGAGGGAGGCAAGGUCCCCAAGAGGGCUGGGAUCUUUAUGAAAGUUGGGGUGCCCAAGAGGACUGGGGUCCUUAGGAAGGCUGGGGUCUUCAGGGGGUCUCAGUUCACCAAGCGGGCUGGGGUAACUGGAGGGCUGUGGGGUCACCAGGAGGGCUGGAGUGCUCAGGAUGGCUAGGUCCCCAUGGGGGCUCUGGGAUGCAAGGGAGGGCUGAGUCACCCUAGGGCUGGGGUGCCCAAAGAGGGAUGGGUUCCUCUGGGGGUUCUGUGGGGUCCUGGGAGGACUGUGGGGUCCCCAAGAGGGCUGUGGGAUCCCUGGGAGGGAGGUAUCCCCAGGAGGGUUGCGGUUCCCAUGAGGUCUGUGGGGUCCCCAGGAGGGCUGGGGUGCUCUA